GACAGCUUCAGUCCUGAGUAAUGCUGUAGAGAGUUCGAGGGACUAGUGAGGAUUAAAACUUAAUUAAAGCGCGUUUAUUUAUUUAUUUAUUUAUUUACAAAUUUAUUUACAUGGUUUAUGUAGGGAGUUAAUCUGUCCGCCCGCGCGCGCCUCAGUGUGUGUUUGUUUGUUUGUUUAUUAUGCACGUGGCCUUCCCCCGGUGCAGACAGAUUGCAUGUCGCCUGCUGAACUUUCCCCAAGUCUCCGCUGCUCUGACCGGCUGUAGAUCUGAGGUUGCCAUGGCCACGGACGCGGGCAAGAACCGGAAACCGAAGCCACCCAAGGACACGUUGCGGCACGUGCGCUCAAGAGAGAGCCGCAAGCAUGCGGACCUGCACGGGCCGUCCACCGUGUACGUGCAGGUGGUAGGCGCGGGGGCGCGCGAGAACAGCGCGUCCCUGUACGUCUUCUCCGAGUACAACCGAUAUCUGUUUAACUGUGGAGAGGGAACACAGAGACUGAUGCAGGAACACAAAUUGAGAGCUGCUCGCCUGGACAACAUCUUCCUGACUCGCAUGAGCUGGGACACAGUAGGAGGACUUUCAGGAAUGAUUCUCACGCUGAAGGACACCGGAGUUCCUGAGUGUGUCAUGUCCGGACCUCCACAGCUGGAGAAAUAUCUGAGUGCUAUCCGAGUGUUCUCCGGACCACUGGACGACAUCAGACUGUCAGUGAGACCGUACACCGAGCACGAGUAUAAAGACGACACCAUGACCGUCAGCCAAGUGCCCUUAUUUGCUGAGUGGAGUUCAGAAUGGAUGAGGCGUGGCAGUAGUGGGAGUGGCAGUGGGCGUGGUCAGCGGAAGGAACUGUGGCAGACAGAGGAGUGUGAGGAGAGAGGGAGUGAUGGCUCAGAAAGUCCUGAACGCAGUGAGAGGAGCACCCGGGACCCCUCGCUGGUGGUGGCGUACGUGUGUAAGCUGCACCCGAAAAAAGGCAACUUCCUGGUGCACAAAGCCAAGGAGCUGGGACUUCCUGUAGGAACGGCGGCCAUCGGACCACUCAUAUCCGCCUUAAAAGACGGGAGAAGCGUCACCUACGAGGGCAAGGAGAUCCAGCCAGAUGAAGUGUGCACUCCAGCCGAUCCGGGCCCUGUGUUCCUGGUCAUCGACUGUCCCUCUGAGCAGUUCGUUCAGCCGCUUUGCGCCAAUCAGGUUCUCGGAAGGUAUCAGAGCGGGGGUUCGGAGGGCAGCCCCGCCCUGGUGGUGCACAUGACCACGGAGUCCGUGCUGAAGACACCUGAGUACCAGCGCUGGAUGGAGAGGUUCUCCUGCAGUACGGAGCACCUGAUCUUGAACGAGCAGGUCUCCACCGUCCACAACAUCCGCAGCCACAAGAUCCAAACACAGCUGAACCUGAUCCAUUCAGAGGUCUUCCCCGAGCUGCAGCACUACACCUCCAAGGAGACUCAGGCUGCGCUGCAUGUGCCCAACAUCAGAGCGGAGUGUCUGCUCAAGUUCCAGCUCAGACCCAAAGCAGAGUGGCAGCGUGAUGCCAUCCCCACCUGUGACCGAGAGGAAUUCGUUAAGGAGGCGGCAGAGGUGCCAAAUUUCCUGCAGGAAGUGGAGGAGUGUAAACACUUUCAGACCACCGACUCUGCCGUUCUGUCCGGUAAGGUAGAGCGGUACCCCGAGGUGGUGUUUUUGGGGACGGGAUCAGCUCUGCCCAUGAAGAUCAGAAAUGUCAGCGGCACUCUGGUUAAUAUCAGCUCCACCCAGUCUCUGCUUUUGGACUGCGGAGAAGGCACCUUUGGACAGUUGUGCCGUCAGUACGGUAACGGUGUGGAUGAGAUGCUGGUCAAGUUGUCCACAGUGUUUGUGUCUCAUAUUCACGCUGAUCAUCACACGGGAUUAAUUAACCUGCUGUUGCAAAGAGAACGAGCUCUGAGGAUCAUGGGUAAAGCCUUUACUCCUGUGUAUCUGGUAGCUCCUGCUCAGAUCAUGACAUGGCUCAAUCAGUACCACGAUCACUGCCAGGAGAUCCUCAGCCAUGUCAACUUCAUCCCUGCGAAGUGUCUAUGUGAGGGAGCUGAAGUGCCCAAGUUCAAGACCAAAUCCUUUAUUCAGGCUCUGUUGAAGAGGAACGACCUCGCUAAGUUUCAGACAUGUUUGGUGCGACACUGUAAAAAUGCGUAUGCCUGCAGUUUGACCCAUCAGUCUGGCUGGCAGCUUGUCUUCUCUGGAGACACCAUGCCAUGUGAUGCACUCACACAGAUGGGAAGGAAUGCGACAUUGCUAAUCCAUGAGGCAACACUGGAGGAUGGCAUGGAAGAGGAGGCCAUGGAGAAAAGACACAGUACGACGUCUCAGGCCAUCGGUAUUGGGAUGAGUAUGAACGCUGAGUUUAUCAUGUUGAACCACUUCAGUCAGAGAUACGCUAAGAUCCCUCUGUUCAGCUCCGACUUUAAUCAGCGUGUGGGCGUCGCCUUCGACCACAUGAGAAUCCGGUUCGGAGAUUUCCGGAUUCUCCCGCGCCUCCUGGCUCCUCUGAAGGCUCUGUUUGCUGAGGAGAUUGAGGAAAUGGAGGAGAGGAGAGAACGGAGAGAGCUUAGGGCGGGAAAGAGUGUAGGGGCGGAGUCUAAUGGCCAGACUGGACAAGGGGGAGGGGCUAAGCGAGAGAAAGAGGAGCCUGACCAGGAUAUGUCCUCCAAACGGUUGAAAGCCAGUUGAACUAGCAUCAAGGAAAAGCACUGAGGAAGAUUCAGCCAAUGGGAAAGCAGAACACUGAGGAUUCAGCCAGUACGAGCUGGAUUAGUGACAAUUCAGGCGAUAGAUGCCAGGACAGUGAUAAAUAAGAUAAACAAGCUGCGCAUAUCCUGUAUUUUGAGUGGUGGUUAUGAUGGACUGAUCUGUAGUACGUUUAGUUUCCUGAUUUUAUUUUCUGUACCUUUGUGCAUUGUGUUAUUUAUGUAUAUAAAACAGACUAAAAGCUGUUUUUUUUUGUUGUUGUUUAAAAAAAAAUAAAUAAACAGAUCUGGGUUGAAGAACA